UUUUAGCAUCAUGUGGUGUUCCGCUACGUCGACGGUUCUCCGUAGUAUCAAUCUAUAAACCUCCUAGAGGGUCGGAUCCCAAGGUCAAACGUACUAGUCGGAACUUGGAACUAUCUGAAUCUGCGAGCCUAGCACCGUUGCAAUUGUCGGUCAUGUCUGAAUCAGUUCUUACGAGCGCUAGAUACGGCAAAGACCUCGUUCGCGUCUUUCGCGUUGUCCGGGAUGGCGAGUUUCAUCAAGUCGUGGAAUAUAACGUGACGGUACUCGUGGAGGGCGAUAUCGAGACUAGCUACACGGUUGCAGACAACUCUGUCGUGGUCGCCACUGACUCUAUAAAGAACAUCACCUAUUAUCUUGCCAAGACUUCACCCCACAUCCUCAGCCCGGAACGGUUUGCGUUGCAUGUGGGGACCCACAUUCUUUCCAAGUAUGCGCACUUGCACCGUGCGAUCGUCACUUUGGAGAAGUUGCGGUGGUCGCGGAUCGCGUUGAGUGCGAAUGGCGACCCGCACCCUCAUUCGUUCGUUAGGGACGGGAACGACAGGCAAACGGUCGAGGUCGAGGUCGAUGCCUCUGCUGGAAAGGACAAGCUCACUGCUAAAGUGACUUCGGGAAUUACCGAUCUCUUGGUGCUCAAGUCGGGUGGUUCUGCGUUUUAUGGAUACGUCCAGGACGAGUACACUACGCUCCCUGAAGUGGACGAUCGUAUCUUGUCGACCUCUGUGGACCUGACGUAUACCUUUGCACCCUUAUCGCUCAGCUCUCCCACUGAUGCGAAGAAACUGGACUUCACUGUCCCAGAGGGCUUCGCACACGGUAGCGUAUGGGACGCAGUUGAUGUUGCGGCACGGGCGAGAGAUGCAACGCUUGAUAUCUUUGCCCUAGAUGCGAGCGCUAGUGUGCAAGCAACGUUGUUUAAGAUGGGGCAACGCGUCAUCGCGGAAAAUGCGGGCGUUGACUCCGUCACGUACAAGCUGCCAAACAAGCACUAUAUCCCGAUUAAUAUGCAGUAUAUCGGGGUGGAUAACAUUACACCGGCGAAUGCUGAAGUGUUCGUGCCCGUCUCCGCACCAAGCGGGUUGAUCUCCGCUACGAUCUCGCGCAAAUAGAUGACAUCAAAUUGCGUCACACGCUAAAUUGCCAGCAGGAUUGUCUUGACGACGGGGGAAUGUAAUUGUUAAAGUUUUUGUUUAAAGAGGAGGAGAGCAAAGAGAGCAAAGAGCAGAGUGGAGGUCGAGGGAGGGUAUACGAGAACAGUAGGAGAAUGAAACAAUGACAGUUAGGAGAGAUCAAGUUGUAUGUAACAAGAAAAGCAGUGCUUGCCGAUAAGGUAUGUAUGACAUCAUAACGGCCUUCUCCGAAAGUAUAGAUCCAGGUGUUUUGGUAAG